GAGAGCGCGGCUUCUCGCCUGUGGUGCGUGGGGCACCUUCGCUUGCUUCGACAGUCCUCGCUAGAGCUGACUUCCUCUCGGGGCGCAAAAUUGCCCGAGACAGACGCUGCUCCCGGCUCUGAAGAGACUGAAGAAUGCGGGCGAGGGAAAGACCUUCGAGGGAAAGCUGCUGUCGUUUAAAGAAAAAAUCCAGAGAAAAACAAUACCAUACUGACUUUAUGUCCCAAAAACGCCGAUUGCAGGAUUAUGACAUUAAUCCAUGUUUAGUGGAAAGCAAUGCUUCUAGAAAGUGUUUGGAAGUGAAUCAAUCUGAUAAGGAUAUGUGUGCAAUCUAUUUUUUAAAGUACAAAAAUUGCCGAAAAUUUUGGCAUGGGAUUAUGAUGCAGAGAAGACAAGAUGGAAUAAAACCGCAUAUGCCUAUAGCAGAAGAAAGAAAGAGAAUCCUAGCUUCAUUGGAAGGAGCACCAUAUUGACCAUACCAUUUUAUUAAUAUUGGAUGUGUAAUGAUUUUAAAAUAACAGUAUGCUUUAUUUUAUUUUAAAAAACUGGUUUCUUGAUCGCUGCAAUGCCACUAUCCUUAUACUGUAUUUUUUUACAAAAAACAAAGAACCCUGAAACUUUAAAUGUUUAAAGAAUGAAAUGCAUUCUUAUAUGGGAAAAACUUGUAGAAAUAAAUAAGGUUUUGAUUAGGAAAAUUCAUGUGUUUUAUAUUUAUUGUACCACAUAAUGUCAUAUAUACACGGAGAAAGGAAUUCAAAUGGAUUACAGAUAAUGUAAAACUAGUUUUCAAAUGAAAUAGCUGAAAAUAUACCAUAUUCUCAUAGAUUUUAUUUCCCAAGAAAAGGCAAAAGUUGGGUAAUUUUAAUUUAGAUCAAUGUAUCAUUAGUAAUCAGUAAAUCUUAAUAUCCUGUAAUCUUAAAAUUAUUACUUUAAGGAGUGAUAUUCUUCACUAUAAUGCUGAUGGUUAUAAAUCUUGAUAUUUUCACCUUUUACCUCAAGUCUGUCAGUUCAGUGGUAUUAAUUAACUAACAUUUUUAUUAAUACAUUCAGUUUGGUAUACAUCAGGACUUUCCUAGAAAAUGUGCUAUGUAGUAUUUUCAAAAAGUUUAGGAAGAACUGGACACUUUCCACAUGUCUAACAGACAUCAACUUGUAAUUUAUAUUUAAAUGUCAGUAUAGGUGAAAUAAAAAAUCACUGAAUUCAUAUGAAGUAUUACAUUUAAUGUCAGGAUAUCACAGCAUUCCUAUUGUUUUUUAUAUCUGUUGCAAAAAUAGGUCACUAAAUAUAUUAAUUUUGGCAACAUUUUUGUUCCCUCAAUGUUAUUUAUGAACCUCUACAAUCUUUAUUUUUUAAAAUAAUUUCUUUAAUUAAAAUUAUUUAUUUAUUUAUUUAUUAAAUAAAAAAUAAAUGUUCAACUGAGUAGUACUUAAAUGUAUUUUGAUAUAUUUGUAAAGUUCUUGAGAAACUUUUCAACUUAGUGGUUAAACUCCCCUGUUCAUCUCUUGCUUAUAGGGUAUUAUUUGAACAUUAUGAGGAAAGUCUUCUGCAAAGAACAGCCAGACUUCACUCAGCAUGUUCCUUAUUUGUUCUAUUGGAUGAAACCAGCUGCACUUGAAACAGUCACCACAUGUCCAUGAUUAGAAGCUACCAUGGCUGGAACAAAUGCUUUGACAGUCUAUGACGAAGAGACCACUAGAGGGCAUCAAUAGCAAAAAUGCAGGCUUUAAAACUGCAUGGAGUUAUUGAUGAAGUUGCCAGGAAUCAAGACUGAAGUCAAAGAUUAAUGUCCCAAAGAACUAAAGUGGCUCCAAGUCGAGCAAAUUUUAAAGCCAUCAGCCUUCCCAUUCCACUUCCAGCUCCAGUUAUAAGCACUAUUUCACCAGCAACAUUUUUCUUCUUUGCAUAGA